UGAAACUCUCAAAAUCAAAUGAGGACUCAAACUCUUGCACUUCUGGUUCUCACUUUCAUUGCCUUCAAUCCUUCAAAUGCAAACCAAACACAACCCUUUUCAGAUAUACUCAAUAUUGACCAUUUCCUAGAGAAAAUUUAUGUAUGGGGAGGUGAAGCACAAUCUCAGAUACUUAUUUCAGGACCUUUGGUGUUUGCUGGAGUCCUGUGCUUCAUAGCUUCUGUUAUAUCUAGUGCUGGUGGAGUAGGUGGUGGUGGCCUUUUUAUACCCAUAUUAUGUAUUGUGGCUGGCUUAGACCUCAAAACUUCUUCAAGCCUCUCAGCUUUUAUGGUCACUGGAGGGUCUAUUGCAAACGUUAUAUGCAACAUGUGCACCACAAGUCCUAAAUUCGGUGGCAAGUCAUUGAUUGACUAUGACAUAGCUCUUUCAUCACAACCUUGUAUGUUGCUGGGAGUGAGUCUCGGAGUUAUUUGCAACCUUGUAUUCCCAGAAUGGUUGAUCACAGUACUUUUCGCCAUCUUUCUAGCUUGGUCUACCUCAAAAACUUGCAAAAGUGGGUUGCUGUUUUGGAAGGCUGAAUCAGAAGAGAUGGGGAAAAAUGGACUUGAGGAACUUGAAAAGGGGCUGCUAGAAAAUGAAAGUGUUGAAGAAAGGAAAGUGUUGGCGCGUGUGUACAAAGAAAACAAUGAGCUAAAAAGUAUUGAAGUACCUCUUCUGGUUCCCCAGGGAAAAACCAAAGUGAAGAUCCCUCUUUUGAAAUUGGUGGUUUUACUUUUGAUAUGGUUCUCUUUUUUCUCUGUUUAUCUUCUUCGUGGCAACAGAUAUGGACAGGGAAUCAUUUCAAUGGAGCCAUGUGGCGUGGAAUACUGGAUUCUGUCAUCAAUUCAAAUACCACUUGCUGUGGUUUUCACUGCUUGGAUUGUAUUUAGAAAAGAGAGCCUUAGAGAGCGAACUCUCAUUCCAGAGCUAACUGAUAAGAAGGUGCCGGGUCUCACCAGAAGUAAGCUUGUUUUUCCAUUAAUGGCACUACUAGCAGGGGUAUUAGGUGGUGUCUUUGGAAUUGGAGGUGGAAUGCUAAUAAGUCCACUUCUUCUUCAGUUUGGAAUAGCUCCUGAGGUAACAUCAGCAACGUGUUCUUUCAUGGUUCUCUUUUCUUCUACCAUGUCAGCAUUGCAAUAUCUGUUGUUGGGGAUGGAACAUGUACAAGCUGCCCUCAUCUUGGCCAUAAUAUGUUUUGUUGCUUCACUUAUUGGGUUAUUAGUGGUACAGAGAACAAUUCGAGAGUAUGGAAGAGCCUCUAUAAUAGUUUUCUCGGUUAGUAUAGUAAUGUGUGUAAGUAAUGUUCUAAUGACUAGCUUUGGAGCCAUAAAGGUCUGGGAAGCCUAUGAAUCAGGGGAAUAUAUGGGAUUCAAACUACCCUGUUAAAACACUUUUGUUAGAUCAUAGGUAGUUAUCAAUCGACUAUAACCUAGACGGUUGAACCUUCUACUUCAAGAGUGAGAGAUACACGUCCUACUUUACAAUGUAACUAGGUGGAGAGGACCUAACUCCUUCUAUGUAUUACCACAUAUGUAUCCUAGCAUUUAAACUUGAUGUUAAAAUUGAGCACAUGUUUGAUUUAUUUGUCACACGCAACAACAUCAUAAAACAUAAAAGUCAUAUGAAUAAAAAGAUGUCAUGUUUGGCGGGCCUGGA